UCACUUCCUUCCUGAUGUAUUGACAAGGCGCACUUCAGAUCAGAAAGGGAGGCUUUUCUAGGCACACUCCAACCUACUUCUACUUAAUUUUUUACAGCUUUCCAACAAGGCUGGUCAUUCAGAGAAGUAAAGAUGGCAUCAAGUCACAUCUCAGAGGAAGAGAUGACAGAGCUAAGAGAGGCUUUCUGCAAAAUUGAUCUUGAUGGGAAUGGCUUCAUCCAAGCUAACAAGUUAACAGAACUGUUUAAAGCAGCUAAUCUCCCCCUGCCAGGAUAUAAAGUGAGAGAAAUCCUUCAGGAGAAGCUUGCAGCAGACCAAGAUGUCAAGAUUACUUUUGAUGAAUUUAUUUCAAUUGUCCAUGGCCUGAAGAGUUCAGAUGUUGCUAAAACAUUCAGAAAAGCAAUCAAUAAAAAGGAGGGGAUUUGUGCUAUUGGUGGAACUUCAGAACAGUCCAGUGUUGGAACACAACAUUCUUACUCAGAAGAAGAAAAGUAUGCCUUUGUCAACUGGAUUAAUAAAGCCCUUGAGAAUGAUCCUGACUGCAAGCAUGUUCUCCCAAUGAAUCCGGAAACCGAUGACCUCUUUCAGGCAGUUGGUGAUGGCAUCGUGCUGUGUAAAAUGAUCAACUUUUCUGUGCCAGAUACCAUUGAUGAAAGGACAAUUAACAAAAAGAAACUAACUCCCUUCACAAUACAGGAAAAUUUGAACCUCGCCUUGAACUCUGCCUCAGCUAUUGGGUGCCAUGUUGUUAACAUUGGUGCUGAAGACUUAAAAGAGGGGAAACCUUACCUUGUCUUGGGCCUUUUAUGGCAGGUUAUCAAAAUUGGCUUGUUUGCUGACAUAGAGCUCAGCAGAAAUGAAGCUUUGAUUGCCCUUCUGCGGGAAGGAGAGAGCCUAGAGGAUCUGAUGAAAUUAUCCCCAGAGGAACUGCUGCUGAGAUGGGCUAACUAUCACCUGGAGAAUGCUGGAUGCAACAAAAUCAACAACUUCAGUACAGACAUCAAGGACUCCAGAGCUUAUUACCAUUUGCUGGACCAAGUUGCCCCAAAGGGAGAUGAAGAAGGCAUUCCAGCUAUUGCUAUUGACAUGUCAGGAUUAAGGGAGAAGGAUGACAUCCAGAGGGCAGAAUGUAUGUUGCAGCAGGCAGAGAAACUAGGCUGCCGGCAGUUUGUCACAGCCACAGAUGUAGUCCGUGGCAACCCAAAGUUAAACUUGGCUUUCAUUGCCAACCUCUUCAAUAAAUAUCCUGCCCUCCAUAAGCCAGAGAACCAGGAUAUUGACUGGAGUUCUAUUGAAGGUGAAACAAGGGAAGAGAGGACUUUUAGGAACUGGAUGAACUCUCUGGGUGUUAAUCCACGUGUAAAUCAUUUAUACAGUGACCUGUCAGAUGCCCUGGUUAUCUUCCAGCUUUAUGAAAAGAUUAAAGUGCCAGUAGACUGGAACAGAGUGAACAAACCACCUUAUCCUAAACUGGGUGGCAACAUGAAGAAGCUUGAAAACUGCAACUAUGCAGUGGAGCUGGGAAAGAAUCAAGCCAAGUUUUCCCUCGUUGGAAUUGCUGGGCAAGAUCUCAAUGAAGGAAAUCGUACACUAACUCUUGCCUUGAUCUGGCAGUUAAUGAGAAGGUAUACGCUGAGUAUCCUUGAAGACAUAGGUGGUGGGCAGAAGGUCAAUGAUGAAAUUAUUGUCAACUGGGUAAAUGAAACACUGACUGAAGCUGGGAAAUGUUCAACCAUCUCUAGCUUCAAGGACUCCAAAAUAAGCACAAGCAUGCCAGUCCUGGAUCUCAUUGAUGCUAUUCAGCCAGGUUCUAUCAAAUAUGACCUUCUGAAAACAGAGGACCUAGAUGAUGAUGAGAAGCUCAAUAAUGCUAAAUAUGCCAUCUCUAUGGCAAGAAAAAUUGGAGCAAGAGUCUAUGCCCUGCCAGAAGACCUGGUUGAAGUAAAACCAAAAAUGGUCAUGACUGUGUUUGCUUGCCUUAUGGGAAAAGGAAUGAAGAGAGUUUAAACCACAAAAGACUUGUAUGAAUGGCUGGUAUACACCCCCUGACUCCUUCAGACUGAAUGCUCUUCUUGUUGUCAAGGACACAUGCAGAUUCUUCAUACUUUCUAAGGCAAGAAUGCUAGACAAGGUUCCAAAACAUACAAAAGUUGACAUAUAUACUCUGCAAAAUAAUCUACGAUGUUCUGUUCUGAACAAUAAUGUGAUUAAUUUCUUUGCCCAGUUUGCCUUGCCUAGGCGUAGCUAUUUCAUACUUCUUAAUAUGCUUCCAAACAGCAGGGAAUUUACUGGUAACAGUUGAGUAUCAAAUGUGUUUUCUAGAGGUCACCUGGAGGUUUUACCUUGAGAGGCAUGAUCAAGUAGACAGUCUUCAGGAUUUUGAAAGGUUGCAUUUGUUCUGUUACAAUUAAUAAUGCAUUUGUACUUCUGAUGAUGUUUAUCCCAUGCUUUCCUUUGGUUAGCACCUUGCACUACAAAGCCAGCCAAUGCAGAGUAGUGUUUAUUUUUCUGGGAUAGUAGAAUCCUCUGAGUUGGGAAACUCUUGCGGAAAGAAAAGAUAGCUAAUUAAGGGUCUCACUCAAACUGUGUAGUAUGAAUAGUCCUUUUGACACUGGUGGGACUGCUUACAGGGUAAAGAUAUUACUCUUUGAGUAACAGCAUCACAACCAGGGCCUCAGAAACCUUUGCAGCCCACAUUGUGGAAGGUAUCAACUAAUUUUUAUAAUUUUAUAAUUUCAUGACAUGUUUUAACAAUAAGCAUAUUGCAAAACAAUAGUUUUCUUCAAAUGAAAACUGCAAUGCAAACUAAGGAAAUUCAUUUGGAAACAAUAAUAAAGCAGAGAUGCAAAUGAAGGGAGCAAAGGGCCAUACAGUGUCAACUGGAUGAAGUGAACAAUAACUGAAUCCUGUUAACAACCUAAACAGGCUUGCUGACAAUUGAUGGCAUGCCACAGAAACAGAUGAGAAGCCUGAUUCAGUGAAGAAGGUGCUUAACCUAACCAACCAUAUGCCUGAGUGAUGUAUUUAGUGCUCAGAUCCUUAACUGAGGGACAUCAGUUAACAGCAAAGCUCUGUCAGUUUUAUCCCACUUGAAAAUCUACCUUUAUUUGUUGAGAAUCAAUGAAACACACUGCACUGAAUCUGCUCCUUAGUGUGUGUUGCUUAUUGUUGUAUUCAUGACAUGGGUUCUACUGUAGUAAAAUGCCUUAAUGCAAUCUUGUCAACUUAUCCUGACACUCUCUUCUUUUCCUCCAUGAAAUUGCCUUAAUAAAGAGUAAAUAUACAGUGAUAUGGAAAGUCUCUCCAAAUAAAGUAUCCUAUGAGCCAAACA